AUGGGUGGAAAAAAACCAGCUCAACCAAAAACAACGAUCAGAAAGAGUGUUGCUGGCAGUAAGAAAUCAAAGAUCACCGAGUCUGAUACUAGUAAUAGCAGUGAUCUCAGAAAGUUCUUUAGUAAUAUAUUGGUUGCUGCAAAUGAUGAAAGUGAUGAAGAGAAGCAUAUCAAUGAUACUCCAUUCGAUAAGUUCACAGUUGGCAUCGAAGAUAUAGAAGAGAAACUCUCUCAACAACAUACUACUAAAUCGUCAUCAACAACAACAACGACAACAUCAACAACAAAGUCACCAAAAUCAUCAUCAUCAUCUACACCAAAAGAUAACAAUGAUAAUAAUAAUAAUAAUAAUAAUAAUAAAGACGAUGUCGCUGUGAAAGAGAAAGAGAAAGAGAAAGAGAAAGAGAAAGAGAAAGAGAAAGAGAAAGAGAAAGAGAAAGAGGAGGAAGAAGAAGAGGGAGAAGUUCAAAGAUUGCUUGAUGAGUUUUUGAAGAGAGCAGUUAGAAAAGAGAAAGAAAGAGAGGAGAAGGAAAAGGAGAAUAGAAAGCAAAUUAGUGGUGAUGGCGAAACUGAACCAUCUACACCCUCAACAACAACAACAAAAACAGUAGGAUCAUCUGUUGUUCUGGAAAGAGGUAGAAGAAGCACAACUAAAUCAUCACCUGCUUCAUCACAAUCAUCUUCUUCCCAACUUACAAUAGAUCUAACGACAACACCUAAAUCAAAGUUAAAGUCAAAGAGAGUUACUACUAGUACACCACCACCACCAUCAACAACUACACCGACAAAAUCACAUUCACAACCAUCAUUAACAUUAACACCAACAUCAGAAUCAUUUUCUUUAUUUAGUAAGUUCUUUAAGACAUCCACUCCACCAGCAGCGUCAUCUUCAUCGGCAACAACGACAACGACAACAACAACUACAUCAACUUCAACACCAACAUUAGUAAUGCCAAAGGUUGAUGAUACAACAUCGACUAAAUCAACAGAUAAUAAGAGAGUUCCUGGUAAUUUGCUAGCGAGAUUCAAACAACAACAGAAAGAGAAACAAAAAGCUAACCCUCAACCUGAGGACAUCGAUGUUUAUGAUGAAGAUGAUCAAGAUGAUGAACAACCACCAACCAAAAAGAAAAAGAAAGAUUCAGACGAUGACUAUGAACCACCGUCUGAUGUUGAAGCGGAAGCUGAUGUUAAAAUUGAUUUUGAAAUGGGAGGUGGUGAUAGAGAGGUAGAGAUACUGUCGGAUCAAGAUGCAUUAAUGGAGACAGAGGAUGGUAUGUCGGAUUACGAGGAGAGGAUACAAUCAACAACCAAAUCAAGGAAUAAGAAUAGCAGUACUGAUGGUACAGAAACAGAUAAACCUCGUCGUGGCAGAAGGAUUGGUAAAGGAAGUCGUGGUGGAAAAGGUGCAUAUAAAAAGAGAAAGUCGUCAACUAAAACACCGAAAAAAGAGAAAAGCAACGAUGAUGGAGAUGGUGGUGAUGCUGAUGUUAAUGAAAAUGAUGAUAAAGAAGAAGCUGUUGUUCCAACCAAAAAACAAAAGAGAAUGAACAUUAAUAAUAAUAACAACAAGGAUAAGGAUGAUGAUUACGUUGAUGACGAUGAUGAUGAUGAUUACGUUGACGAUGAUGUUGAUGCUUCACCGACCAAAGUAAUAAGCACACCGGUCAAGCGUAAAAGAAACCUUAAGAAUCUUAUGGCUAUUGAAGCGGCGCUCGAUCCUAGCACUCCACAAAAGUCAUUCCGUGAAAAGGUCAGAAGUUCAAACAGGCUCGGUAUAUUACAACGCUAUUCAGUUCCGAGCUAUCCAUCGUCCGAAGUUGAAUUGCUACCGAAUCAACUACCAUCCAUUGAGAGGAAAACAUUUACCAUUAUCAAUAGUAAAAGUGAAAUCGAUAAAUAUUUACCAAAGGAUCAAGUGUCUGUGAUGUUUGGAUUCAAGGAUAAGAAAGAUACAUUCAAAACUCUGGAUCGAUUGGAAUCGGAGAGUGUUAGGGUUGAUGCUUCACCUUCGUUGGCAAUCGAUUACAUGUUGUAUGCCGGUGGAAAUGUAAGAGCUAUGGAUUGGUGUCCAUUACCAAUCGAAUCAUUUAAUAAUAAGCAAUAUUUAGCAAUUGGAACCAACAGUGAUGUAUUGUCUGAGCAUUAUAGAGAUGGAGUAUAUUCUGGAUGUAAUAUGAUACAGAUUUGGCAAUUUGAUAGUGUACAAAAUAAAGGUGGUCAAGUUGCAUCAUCAGUAUCAACAUCUAUUUCAAAAGAAAACAUAACAACAACAGCAACAACAGAAGCAACAGAAACAAAGGAAGAUGCAGAAAUGGAGGAGUCAAAAACUAAAGAGAAAAGUCCAGUUUCCACGACGACAACGACAACAACUACAACAGCAUCUUCUACAUCACCAAAUAAACCAAAGUUAGUUAUGGGUAUUGCACAUAAUGGUUGUUUUGUAGUAGAUUUAAAAUGGUUACCAAAUGGAUCACUCAAAGACGACAGACUUGGAAUUCUGGCAGCUGCACUUGGAGAUGGUACUGUAAGAGUAUGGAGUGUACCAAAUCCACAGAGUCUAGCAAAGCCAAAGGACAAUCACUUCACACUGAUCAAUAUAAAGCCAUUAUUUGAAACUAAAGAGAAGAUUCUUACCAAUGAGGCAGACAUACCAAGAGGUGUUCGAUCAACUUGUCUAGAUUGGUCAAUUGUAGAUAACCAAAUAUUUCUUUUAAUUGGCUAUUUCAAUGGUCAAAUUAUAAUGUAUGAUAUAAAGAGACACUCGACAAAGGUUUCAUUACCAAUAUUUGUAAGAAAAGAAAAAGAACCAGUUCAGAGUCUAGCUUUUUGUCCCUUCGAUAGUGGUUAUUUUUUGGUGAUGCACAAUACAUACUUUUGUUUGUGGGAUCGGAGAGAUCCGUUCCAACCUGUACAGAAACACACAUUCGACUAUUGCUGGAAAAAUACCAUUUCAUGGCCAAAUACCAUAUUCCCAGUCUUUACUUGUACACACGAUGAUGAUUUUAGAGUUUUCGAUCCUAUCAGUGAAAAUGCAAGUACAACAAGAAUUCAUCAAGGUUUUAUAAUGGCACAAGAUUUAUCAACCAAUAUGACAUUUGCAGCAUCGAGUUCAAAUGGAUCAGUUAAGCUAUUUCAUAUAUAUGGUGCAAGAAGAAAGGUUGAAAGAAGAGAAUUUCAUAAAGAAAUUGAAAGAAUGGAGUUUGAUAAAGAGAACAAAGUUUUGGCAUAUAAUUUCCUUGUCACAGGUAAAGAAGUUCGAUUCAUUGGAGUUCCCAGACAGCAGGCUGUCAAUCAACAAACUAUCGUGGAAUAA